GUCCGCCGCUCUAUGGUUCCUGGCGUUCGCCGGAAGGGGGCGAAGAUGGCGGAAGCCGAAUUCCCCAAUGCCACCCGCGAUGGGUUCAACGUCACCUUCCACACCACCCUGGCCGCCACCACCACCAAACUGGUCGUUCCCACGCCGGCGAAACCCAUCCUUCCCGUGCAGACCGGAGAGCAGGCGCAGCAAGAGGAACAGUCCAGCGGGAUGACUAUAUUCUUUAGCCUCCUUGUUUUAGCAAUCUGCAUCAUAUUGGUGCAUUUACUGAUCAGAUACAGACUGCACUUCUUACCGGAGAGCGUUGCUGUUGUUUCUUUAGGUAUCCUCAUGGGAGCAGUCAUAAAAAUCAUAGAGUCUCAACAACUGGCAAACUGGAAGGAAGAAGAAAUGUUUCGCCCAAACAUGUUUUUUCUCCUCUUGCUUCCACCUAUUAUAUUUGAGUCAGGAUAUUCCUUACACAAGGGGAACUUCUUUCAGAAUAUCGGUUCCAUCACCCUUUUCGCUGUGUUUGGCACAGCGAUUUCAGCUUUUGUUGUGGGCGGAGGAAUUUAUUUUCUAGGUCAGGCUGAUGUGAUUUCUAAACUCAACAUGACCGACAGUUUUGCAUUUGGUUCCUUAAUAUCUGCAGUUGACCCAGUGGCUACCAUUGCCAUCUUCAAUGCUCUUAACGUGGAUCCGGUGCUUAACAUGCUUGUUUUUGGAGAAAGUAUUCUCAACGAUGCAGUCUCUAUCGUCCUCACAAACACGGCAGAAGGUUUGACCAGAAAAAAUAUGUCAGACGUCAGUGGAUGGCAAACGUUUUGGCAAGCUCUUGGCUAUUUUCUCAAGAUGUUCUUUGGUUCUGCGGCACUUGGCACCCUCACUGGCCUGAUUUCUGCAUUGGUAUUAAAGCACAUCGAUUUAAGAAAAACACCCUCCCUGGAGUUUGGAAUGAUGAUCAUCUUUGCUUACCUUCCUUAUGGACUUGCAGAAGGUAUUUCGCUCUCAGGUAUCAUGGCCAUCCUGUUCUCUGGCAUUGUGAUGUCCCAUUACACACACCAUAAUCUUUCUCCAGUUACCCAGAUCUUGAUGCAACAAACCCUUCGAACCGUUGCCUUCAUGUGUGAAACAUGUGUGUUCGCAUUCCUUGGUCUGUCGAUUUUCAGUUUCCCGCACAAGUUUGAAAUUUCCUUCGUCAUCUGGUGCAUUGUGCUUGUGCUGUUCGGCAGAGCCGUGAACAUUUUCCCCCUCUCCUACCUCCUGAAUUUCUUCCGAGACCAUAAGAUCACCCCAAAGAUGAUGUUCAUCAUGUGGUUUAGCGGUUUACGUGGGGCAAUUCCCUAUGCCCUGAGCCUCCAUUUAGGUUUGGAACCCAUCGAGAAGCGGCAGCUGAUCGGGACCACGACAAUCAUCAUCGUCCUGUUCACCAUCUUGCUUUUGGGAGGGGGAACGAUGCCCCUCAUCCGACUGAUCGAUAUCGAAGAUUCCAAAGUGCGGAAAAAGAACAAGAAGGAUAUCAAUCUCAGCAAAACAGAAAAAAUGGGUAACACCAUCGAGUCCGAGCACCUGUCGGAGCUUACCGAAGAAGAGUACGAAGCUCACUACAUCAAACGGCAGGAUCUCAAAGGCUUCCUGUGGCUCGAUGCCAAGUAUCUGAAUCCUUUUUUCACCAGGAGGUUGACGCAGGAGGACGUACAUCAUGGUCGGAUCCAGAUGAAAACGCUCACCAACAAGUGGUACGAAGAGGUGCGGCAGGGACCGUCCGGCUCGGAAGACGACGAGCAGGAGCUUCUGUAGUCAGGAGGAGGACAGGUCUGACUGGUUUCCGUUUAGAUCACCCCCGCUAGACCGCAACGGCGCUCCGGGCCCGGGGCUGAGAAAGCAAGGCAAUUUGGGACGUCUUAAGGCCUCUCCGAAAAUGCCACCGGUGCAGUAAUGUAAGUUAUGUCAUCCUUCAGAGGCCCCGCCAGCAUUAAAGCACAGCGCGGCAAAUCUUUUCAAGCGGGAAUUGCCCGACCGAGGUUGUCAUCGGACCGCGGAGCCGCCGCAAUUGUGUCGACGCCGCCUGGGGUAUCAAUCAAUCAAUCAAGGGUGUUUAUUGAACGCUUACUGUGAGCAGAGCACUGUGCCAAACGCUCGGGAGAGGACACCGAAAGGAUAACCUAUCAACGCCCAGCUGGGUGGCAAUUCCCUGGUCAAAUUUUUCCAUUUGU